AUGGAAAUCACAUCCGCCAUCUCCGAGCACUGCCGCCCGCUCGAGCACCCAGAUGCCGCGACAGUCACCCUCGCCGCUGUCAUCCUAGCUGGCAUCCUCGUCUCCUACAUCCCCCAGCAUGCGAAGAUCAUACUCAACCAUACCUCCGAGGGCUUGUCGCCAUGGUGGGUGUUGCUGGGCGGACUGAGCAGUAUAGCCGCUCUCGGCAAUAUCUUGACCCUACCUGCCAGUAGAGCAGAUAUCAAGUGCUGUCGUGAAGUCAAUGGAGGGGCCUGUGCAGCUGCCUUGUUGGGCGUGGGACAGAUUGGGUUGCAGUGGUCUUGUUUCAUGUUCAUUGUCAUGCUCUUCCUCAUCUUCUUCCCCGUUGCACCUGAAUUCGACAUGUCCUCCUCCACCGCCUCUCUCACAUCAUCACCUCCACCGAAACGCCGCGAUGCCGUCAUCGUCGGCUCACUCACUCUGCUCAUGCUUCUCGUCGUCGGCAUCACCUCCGUCGCUCUGGUAGCAGCCUGGCCGCACCACACACAAGGCUGGGCGAAUCUGCUAGGAGGUGUGGCUGGUGUGCUGGCCAUGGUGCAGUACGUGCCUCAGAUCUGGUACACCUACCGCUUGGAAGACGUGAAGAGCCUGUCUGUCAUUACGAUGCUCAUACAAGUCCCUGGAGCUUUCUUGUUUGCUUUCAGUCUAUGGCAGAGGGUGGGGUGGGAGGGCUGGAGUACAUGGCUCGUCUACAUUGUCACUGGUAUCCUGCAAGCCUGUCUUCUAGGACUGGCGAUCCAUUACUACCGGACGCGACGGCUGGGAGAUAAAGAGAGCGACAGCGAUGAUGUAUACGGCGGCGUAGAUGAUGUGGACGGUGCUAUCGCUGGAGCAGAAGAUUCGAACGAGCGGACCGCGUUACUGGGAAAUGGAUCUGGUCCGACCAAAGGAAGACCGAUCGCGAGCACGCAGAGGAGUUCGAGGAGUAACGCUAGUCAGCGGCAGCUUUCACUUCUAUACGCUGCUACGCCUCCGGAUCAGGACAGCGAUCGCAGCUAG